UUUCAUUCGACGUAUUACAAAUACCUUCUUGCCCCUUGUUUGGUCCAGCUUUUCAGAAGAUAUUCCAAUUUCUGUGUACAGCUUUUACUCCAUCUGAGUAUGGAUAUGCAUGAUGUUAUUACAAGUUCAUUUUUGCCCUUCUCGGAAUCUGCUCCUGAUUUGACCCAUCUUCUUGUUGUGGCACAAUCACUCUAUUAAGUCUGUAUACAGCUAGAAAUGUACGAACCAAUCAAUUUAGUAGCCAAUUUGUAAUCAAACAAAUUCAUUUCAGUGGCUUCAAAAUCAAAACUUUCCCUCAUACAUAUAUACAUACUUCUUAUCAAGCACAGAAAUAAGCGUCUGGAGAACAAAUGGACAAGUACAUAGAGUAUCUCCAGCAGAGAGUGAGUAAUUUGGAGGAACUUCAAGCUGCGGACGAGUCCUCCGAGUUGCAAAUCGAUGAUAAAUCUAAUGAGCUAAAGUUUCCGAAAAUCGAGUCACGAGUCUUCGAAAAGAAGGUGCUUCUCAAGAUCCAGUGCGAAAAGGGCAAGGGCAAUUUGGGAAAAAUUCUUGGCGAGCUCGAUAAGUUCGAUUUGGCCGUCGUGAACAUUGGGGUCACGCCAUUCGGGAGCUCGGUGAUCGACAUCACCAUUAUAGCCGAGAUGGAGAAAGAGGAGAGGCUUUCCACCACCGACCUAUUGAAUGCUCUUAGUUUGGUCCUCCAAACGGCUUAACUGAUUAGUCAAUCACAGAAUAAUGUGAGUAUUAAUUACAUGCAUGAACAGAGCUUUAUAUAUAUGUAAGGAGACUAUAUAUACCUGAUGGGUACGUGUCUAAGAAUGUCUAUGCACUAGGAAUUUAUUAUGCUUGCGGAGGGUCUCAACUCUCAUGUAAUAUACUUGAAAAUCGUUCUUAAAUGUAUUGCCACAUAUUAGGAGUGUGAUAUGCAUCAAGUACUUCGUAACAUCCAUUUACUCAUGGAUGGAAUUGUUACUCACCUAUGUUUGGAGUUAUGAAGUGAGGAUUCUUAUGAAGUGAGGAUUCUUAUGAAGUGAGGAUUC